AUGUCUACGUUUGAGGUUAAGUAAUUAGCUGUUGUUUUUCAUCGAGAUUGAGUCAAAACUGACGCAGCGUUCAAAUUAAGACAGGAAAGAGGUGCGAGAAAAUGAUAAAACUUUAAGAGUCAUUUGAAAAUUUAAGAGAAAAAAAGAAGAAGAAGCGUUCAAAAGGAGGUUAACGAACUCAGGAAUAGGCUUAACGGAGAUUUUGAGAAAAUUUUUUUCUGCGUGAAAAAUUAUAAUAAUCCACGGUAGUUCGAGAAUCAGUUGAAGUGAGCUUAAGUUCAAAAACGAAUGUUGCUAUUCCCAAUAUAAAGCAAGACGGCACGGAAAUAAAAAAAUUCGAUUUUUCAAAAAAUUAUUUUUUCCGAGGCCUGAGUUGAACAGAAAGUUUGCAGCUUCACGCAGAACCUGUCGGCAGUACUUGCGGAUCCGCAUCGCUCCCGCACGGAGACCAACACCUUCUUCACUCGCCACUGGGGCGACGCUUUCGUUCCGCAAACGACUGUUUUGCCUUCGAAAAAGGUACCCGUCGUUGGACCCAAUGCUUUUCACGACUACAGUACAACAACCGGCGAGGUACGGUUCUCCUUCAGGAUAUCUCUUCGAACUUUUCGGUUUGCCAGGCCUACCGACGCUAUCGGACAGUAAGAAGAGCGCUUAGACUUAGUCGAGAAAGCACCGGCGACGAAAAACAAGAUGCUGAUGACUUGCCCAUGGUUCGCAACUUCCAAGAAUCGUAAUUUGAUCACAAGACACAACUUGAGCGCGAAAACCUACUAAAAGAAUGAAAGGGAUGAAAAAAUAAUCACAAAUUCUAAGCAUAAAAUCUAGCUUCAGAAGUCACCACAAUACAAAAAUACACGAAUUCCAUGUUGUAGAAGUUUUAGAAUUGAGAUUAGAAUGAUAUAUUUUGCAUGUCAAUACCAGUGCAUGAAUGACAUACACUUUAUUUUCAUCUGAAAACAUAUUAAUACACAUCAGACUUAAUAUAUACACAUGAAAAUAUAUGAAGUCUGAUGCGAAUUUUUCGACUAGCGGUGAAGCGAACUCGGAUUUCACCCUUCUGAUCCAAAAACAUAGUAGGAUAGAGGAAAUGACGGAGAAACGACCGGAUCUCAUAUUCAAAUAGUAGGUUUGAGACCUGCGAGCAUAUUAGCUUUAACUGCUCGUGUCAGGUGUUGUUAUACAAUCUUGUUUUGCGUUCGUUUUUUUUUUUGCAGCUCUUUUUCGCUUCUCGUUAACAUAUCGUUCUGUGAAAUUAUUUUUUCCAAGCAGCAUUUAUUCCAUCAUUUUAAAGCUUCAAGUAAGAAAUCAAUUUUUCGAAAUAGGAAAAGUGAGGUCACAGUUAAAAAAAGUAAUUCUAAAAAAAAAAGAAGAAUUUUCAUGAUUUUCUUCUCAAAAUUGAACCGAUGAAAGUUGAGAGCUAAGAUGGGACUCCCGUUUUUUCUAGAAUGAAUGCUUUUUCUUUCGUACUACAUGUAAAAUGAUUACUGAAAAUAAUGACAAAAAAUUAACAGGAUAUCUUUUUCUUUAUUGCAGAUUUUCAUCGAUCCUCGUUUUGCCCUUUCCGAUGCGGGAACUUUCUCUUCGAUUUUCACCGUUCCGCCAUCUGGAGGCGUCGAUGUUCUGAGAGAAACGAUAUCUGGAAGGACUUUGGUUCCUGCCACGCCGACGGAUCUGAGUGGCGCCAAGGUGUUCGACGGCUCUCGACUUUUGCAAUCGAACCGCUUUCAGAAGCCAGGCACGUUCCGCGACUACGAUUCUCUGCACUGUCGUCUGGAACUGAUGCACGACGUCGUCGACGGUCGGCUGGCCUCGAAACUCGUCUCCAAAACCGAUUCUUUCUGGAAGGUGCUCUCUUUUCAUCUUUUUUGAUGAUCCAUAGUUUUAGAUGAAAUUCUUUUAUUUCCUGAAAAGAGAUUCGGAAAAUUAGUUUAGUUUCCGUUCCGAGUUAGCCGAUUUCUUUGUUUACGGAUUUUUUUGGGUAUGACUUCUUCUGAACUCGGAACUUUUUUUUCUCACUUUCUUUGGCCGAUACUUUUCCUUUCUUUUGAAUGUAAAAAUUCAUAUAUCGCAUCAGUCAACAUAAAACGGAGAGAAACUUUGUCUUAUGACAGUUUUGAUAGUUUUGGCAAUUUGUCACUUACAAAGUUGACAGAAUAAUCUAUGUCUACUGUUAAAAAUGUGAUGCAGGUGGUGCGGUCCUACAGCGGCCUUCAGGAGCAACUGGCACGAGCCAUGGAAAGUGUCAAGUCGGUUAGGUCGGUAUCAAAACGUUUUUUUGACUCCAACAUAUUCCCUUCUACAGAGGCGACUUGAAAGAAGUCGACGACCUGAUUUGCGAGAGAUCGAAGAAAAUAGUCAGAAUGUUCCAAGUGACGGAAAGAAAACGCAAACUUCUCGCUAAACUCAACGUGAGUUUGAGCCAUGAUCUCAACUAGAAAGAAAUUUAAAAAAAAAAGAAAGUUAACAACCUUGUACACUAUCUCUUUUUUCUUUCUGUAAAAAUUAAGAAUACGGAAAAAUUUUUAACGAAAAUCAACACCGCUAAAACUCCACUGUCACUGUAUAAAAUGCCUAAACUUCAAAAACCGAUAAUUUCGGGGAACUAAACACCAAAUCAAAGGCGGCUGUUCGUUAUAGCUUUAAAAGUUCUUGCUCACCGCCUAGUCGGUUACAUCUGACUGCAAGAACAAAAAAAUAAUUCGAUUGAUUGAAAAUUUAUUUGAUUCUUUGAAGUUUGUUCCGAUGAAGGAUUUUUUAUUUUGAGAAAAAAAAUAUAUGGUAAAGCUCAACGAUUGACUUGAGAAUCCAAAAAAAUGUUGAGACGACUCUAAAUGAUCUUUGUCGGUAAUAAAGUGCUCAGGACAUCGCCUGCCUCCGAGAAGCGCAAUCGACAGUGCAGAUGAUGUUGUCGCAGGGCGACUUUCCGAAGGCCAUCGAGUGCAUUGAGACGAGUCUCGACGUCCUUUCCGGCGAACUCAAUGGCGUCACCUGCUUCCGGUACUCCCCGGUCGUCAUGCUCCUCAUAACAGUGACUUCAGCCAUCUGUCGUCGCAACUCCGAGAGCUCUACGACAUGAUUGGGCGGAUGAUGCACGAAGAGUUCGCGAGCAUCAUCCAGAGAGAGUUUGGCGUCAAACCGGACGCCGACACCUUGAUUCAGUCCGAGGUAUUUCUUGUUCGGCUUUCCAGGCCUCACGGUGCCUUGGCUUCUGCUGUCAGAAAUAUGUAAAGCCGUUCAGAAAUGUGGCCGAAGAGCACAGAGUCGAGGCGAUUCUCAGCAUACCUUUUUUAUUUUCUUCACACAAAAGUUUCGGGAAAAAAACCUAUUAAACUUGUGUAACAUAAUUUUUCCGAAAAAUGUUGUUUGUGUCGCAUCUUUUGCUCAAUCUAACUUUACGACAAUGCAAACUAUUCUCCGAGCAAUUUUUGAACUUGUUCCAAGAUUCGAAGUUCCAGGGAGAGCUCACGGCUGUCCUUUUGGGUUUGAUGCGCAUGCGAAAGUAUGCUUUCAUCGGAGUAUUGCGAGAAGAAGUCCAAGAAGGCGUUAAAAACAUAAUGCGCCAAGUUGUGAAGGUGCGCUACUUUUGAAUCAGCCCAGAAUCGCUUUCUACAGAACCAAAUCAUAAGCAGCGGCUUGGAUCUGUCGCAGUUCGACCCGAGUCUCACGUAAGAUCUCAUUUUCAAGGGCUCUCUUUAUCAGAAACCUCUCUGCAGACAGUUGGGAGAUCCGGUGCGGAGACUGAAACACUUCGACUACCUUACCACCGUUCGACUCGUCAUGGAGGAGAUGUUCGACUUCUGCAAACGCCUUCAGGUGUACCUUUCAAAGGCGUUGUAUCGCAACAACAGUUUUGUAGUUUCUUUGGGAAGGUUUCAGGACAUUACAGCUUUUAGAAACGACCAGAGACUCGGUUCUUACGAUCUUUUCAUUUUCCGAUGCUGAAUAGGGGGAUGGAUAGGAAAGAAUCAUUACAGGCUUUGCAAGAGUUACUGCUCGAAGUUGCUGACAGGGCGCAUCCGCAGGAGUCGGGCAGAGGGAAAAGUGCCAAAGAAACGUCGCAGCGAUCCUUCGACGAACUGGCGAUUCCUGUGCCCAACAAGACUCCAUCUGAAGAAACUAUCAGUGACGAAGAAGAGGUUCUGUAAAGAUUUAUCUCGAUUAAUUCUUAUUUAUUAGCCUUUCAAUUUCAAUGGCGGCGCCACAAACAAGCAACCAUUGACCGUUCUAGGGUGCAACUUCCCUUUUCUAUCAUUUUGUGUGUAUGAGAUUAGAAUUUAUAGCCUUUUUUUGACCGUCUUGCUUCAUUUUCGUCCUAUUUCUCAAACGUAAAUAGCUUCCCGAUUAUGAUUUAUAUUUCUUAACAGAGCCAAGAAGAAAGAGCUGGCAGAAGUUUGAGCGGCGCCUCGAGUUCCUUCACGAUUCCGGCUUCUUCGGCCUCGGCCACAGUCCUCAUGUCGAUCGACGUGCGAUCUGAGUCUUACUUGCGAUUGGUUGGUUGUUUCCUGAAUUGAUUGCGUCUGUUUUGGUCUCUUCGUCUACGAAUAUUAAUUAAAAAAAUUGAAGCUCUAGUAUUUGAGACAGAAAACAAAGCUCACGGAGAGAAACCUGGAAAAAAAACCUCUGACUGAAAAGCCCAACUUUUUCGUUUGAUAUUACGGCAAGGGUGUUCGAGCUUUGAGAAAAACAGUUCACCUAAGAUCACACUUUUUCUCUCUCUUAUAACAAGUCAUUCGAGAGUUCCCAGUGAUUCGAGGCUUCCAGAUCCUGCCACUCAUGGCCGAAUAUGGUCAUCAGUGUGCACAGCAGAGAAUUUCGCGGCUUCUCAUUGCUCGUGCAAAGGUUCAAACUGCUGCUAAUUUCCAAUUUCAACUGGUCGAGUUCAGAACGCGGCAGUCACGGAAUCAACGUCUCCUAGUGAGCUGGCCGAUGUCCUGCACUUGGUCCGCGAGUACCAGAACAAGUGCGAUUCACAAGGCUGGUACUCUACUCAGGCGAGUCUCAAACUCAUUUUUUGGGGAGAGUGGACUAGCGUUGGUAACUUAUUUCGUUUUUUCACCUUUUCAAUUUUUUUCAAUUUUCGAAUAGAGCGUCUUUUUUGUAGUUUUUUAAAAGUAGAAAAGCUGUUUUCAAAAGCUUCGCUUCUUUUUCGUGUUGGUGUCGAAUCACUGGUUUCAGUCUGCGAGAGGUGGUCACCUAUCCAGAGCGGCCAGCAAGAUCUCCGUCGACUACAUCGACAAGUUCCACGUCUCGCGAAAGUCGGCCAUGGGGUACAGCUUCUAGGUUGAAACUUAUCAUAGGGGAGAACAAUACAGAAAAGCGUUGGACACGGAGAUGUGGAAGGCGGCCGAAGUGACUCCGACGAUGCAGACGGCGCUGUCCGAGGCCUGGACGGCGGCUCGUCUACGAGUCCCGCCAGAAGGCGUUUCUUUCUCUGCGAUGUCGUCACGUGCUUCCAGCUCGGCGACUCUCGAUUCUCAAGCCAUUCCCGCUCAAACUCUCACUAUCGACGGCGAGCCUUUCGUUGUGGUCGGGUACAUUUUUUGAACACUUUAUAAUCAGGGGCGUCUAAAAAUUAAAAAAAAAUAAUAACAAAGAAAAACGUCUGGUUUGGGAGAAUCAGUUCGGAGGCCUGCAAAUAGCUCGUUGGACGAGAAAAAAACAAGCGAAACUUUUUUUAACGUUUUUAAAAUAAAUAUAUUUGGUUUUAAGUUUUUUCAGAUUUUCGCGCUUUACUUGACUCAUAUUGCGUUCAAGAGCUGCACAAGCUGACUAUUAUACAAUUUAAAUGUACUCAAUUUUUCAAAUGGUUACGGCUGUGUUAGAUUUAUUUGAUUCGUCUAUCUUUUCGCUUUAUUCUGGAGUUUCAUUCGAACUUUUCUCGUUCCAGGUCGUGUUUGAUCAUGUUGCGGCUACUCGGAGACUACUGCGAAGCCACUUCAAGCAUGCCAUCUUUCAUUCAAGAUUGGUUGUCACGGACCAUUGAACUGCUCAAGAAUGUUCAAUAGGUUCGUAUUAUAACUUAUCUUUUUUUGUUACUCUCCACAACAUUAAGCUCCAUUCUCGAUUUUGUACAAAUACCUUUUUUCAACGAAAACUUCAGGGCUCAGUUAACUAUGUUCUUUUCUAGUUUUUCGUGUGGUUUCUUAAGACAAAUUUUUUACUUCUUUCACCUCAUUUUCUCAAAAAAAAAUUUUUCAGUAUAAAAACCCGAAUUUUCGGCAAGUCUUCUCAGUUUUCGAGACUCGCCCUUCAAUUAUUUUUCAAAGUUUUUUUGAAUGAAAAAAUAAAUCAUUUUAGUCGAAGCUGUCAACUGAUCCUGGGUGCUGGAGCUCUGCAGCUCGUCGGCCUCCGGACGAUUUCCGUCCGAAAUUUGGGUUGGUGUAGCAGAUAGGAAGAAAGGGAAAAAGUCUUUCCAGCACUUGCUGCUCGUUCUCUCCAACUGGUCACCAAGUUCAUACCGGUAGUGGCUGCCGAGAUGGACGCAGCGCUGAGAGACGAUCGAAAGAACCUUCUGAGACAUUUCAAACAAGUUGAAAGGCUUCAUAAGAUGAUAGGGAAAGGUGUUUUCCAGGUGGAAACCGACUACGCCGACCAUGUUGGAGAAAUAACGUCGAAGCUGGUGAGCGUCAUCGACCACUACACAUCCAACUGUUUGGGAAUGGUGGUUUCCGUGUCGGCCCCCGGAAAGGCUUAUGUAGAAGUUUGUAGUGGGAAGUCAAGGGAACAGUGCCUUCUCCAGAGUUCCAGCAGAUCUGCAAACACAUGACCAAGUUCCACAAUGGUCUGGUCGGAAUCAUGCCGCCAAAGGAGAUUCGAGUAAGACUUUCGAGGUGUUGCACAGAUGAAGCUAGAAAAUAGAGCCGUUGAAAUUUUCAUUGUUCCCAACCAAAACUGGAAUUUUUCCACCUUUACUCUGAAAACAAUUUUCCAUAAACCUUUUUUUCGUUGUUUCUAAUUCUUUAAAAAUUUGACAGCUGAUUUUUUUGAUUUUUCCGAAAUCUUCAGAAAAAAAAAGCUUGCACAGCUAAACCACCAAGAAAAAAAAAUGGAAAUUCACCAAAAAAACCGGGAAAAAAAAAUUGUUUUCAGGAAAUUGAAAGCGAUUUUUUGAAAAAUGUUCUCUGAUUGUUUUUGUAAAGAAUAACUAAACUUCAAAAUAACUAGGGGGCGAAGGUUCAGACCUGAAAAAUUUCUCACGAAAUGCAGCAAUCACAUCCAAUACUGUGGACAAUAUCGCAGCGAUAAUAAUGCGAUGCCGCGGGAGAGCCGCGAGCAAUAUCGCUCGCCUUUCGUUGCGACCUCGCAAACGUCUUGCGCUAUAUCGCUUUCUUAAGAAAAAUUUUUUCAAAAAUGUUUUUUUCUUCAAUUUGAUUCAUUUCAUCAUAAAAAUCAGGAAUAAAAAAAAAAAAGGUUUUUUUAAUUCAAAAUUUUUUUGAAAAGGAGCAAUAUGGCAGCGAGACCUUGACGAGGUCGCAGCGACAUGUUGAUGAGAUCACAGCAAGAAGCCUUGGCUAUACUGCCUCGGCCCGCUGCGAUAUAGGCAAUUGUGUUGGGUGCAGGAACUGCUCUACGAAUCCUUUUUUGUUUUCCCGAUCUCAGAAUACGUCUAGGUUUUUGUUCUUGAUUUCAGGCGCUUUUUGAACGCGUGCAUGAAAACUUCAAAGUGAACCUGAAGGAGCAACUGACGGCGUUGGGAGUGACUCCGCACGAUCCGCUCAAACUUGGGCAAGUUUUUCCUCCCCUCACAUUACCUAAUUUCGAAAAAUUUGAAGGUACGUCACUCAGAACUACAUGUUCUAUCAACAGAGCAUAAAUUUGAUGGAGUCCUGUCGCGAAAUGGACCUGGAGUCUCUGAAUGAAAUUCUUUUCGACUAA